GAUGGGCGAAUAUUAGGACCGUGCUAAAUAUAUCGUAUUAUAACAUCCAAGUGGUCCUUUACGUACGGUAACUAACUGUAAGCUAACGUCAACACCUAGUAAGACAUUGAAUUGAUGGGGAAGUUGUGUGUGCAUUCUUAAUUUGUUCACAUUUUGUGUAUGGUAAAGAUAAGUUGUAAACUCGACAUUUGAACCCAGGUCACAAAACUGAUAAUGAAGAUACAUGGUGAAAAACAGGAACUCUGAUAAAGACACCAGAAUAAAGUGAGGCCAUAUCUUCAUCACGAGGACACGAAACAUAUGAGGAUUAACAUGGGUUCGGGAAAUAUGCAAACAACAUGGUUACUCUUGCUAGUAAUAAGCUUUUCGGUCGGUAAAACGUACGGAUUUUCGGAUCUCGAGAAUUUCAUCAGGGUCAUCGAUUCAUUGAACCCAAACCAGACAGUGGUGAACUAUUUAAAUGGGUCAGUGUUUUGGAAACAGCCAAAGUCGAUUCUUCAAAAACUAUUCAACUACGAAGGAUACAAUAUUAAUCGCAAAAUACGGCAAUCUGAUGGCACAUUUCUGUCUUUGUCUAGAGAAUUUGUUGUUUACCGCCAACCGAAUACAUCUGAAAUUCUGCUGGUUUUGAUGAAUCCAAUUUCCUACAACGCAAACGAGGUUUUCAACGUUGCAAACGAUCCAGUGAACGCUCACAUUGGAAGCGCAUCGCCAGCAAUGCCUGUAACUCCUCAUUUACCAGAAUUUCUGGUAUAUAAUACUGAUAUCGUAUUGGAAUAUCCGAAUCCUUUGCAACCGAAUAACUAUGCCAAUUACUCCGCUGGACCCGUUUAUGAUUCCGUAGAGUUAUUCGGAUUCUUUUCUAAUUCAACCCUUAUAAAUGCAUCAAAAACAGAUAGCGUGCCAAUGACAGGUACGUGGAUGCGAAAAUCCCAAUACUUGCCCUGGAUGGUACUAGGUACAACUCCUGUGUCUUUGUUUUACACAACACUCGCUUGGAAAUGUUACGAUGGUCUCCAGUGCGUAGCGGAUGAUAUCAUGCAGAUUAUAUCAGAUUAUAUGCAGAUUAUCAAGCAAAACUUCCCAAAAUAUCAGUAUGCGCCAUCUACGAAACGUCGUGGACGGCUUUCAAAAAGAUUAUAG